UUCUUGAGCCUGGAGGGGAGGGAGUCAUGUGGAGUUGGAAGAGCUCAUUCUGAAAAGAGGGGUCGGGGACUGGCUAACCCGGGUUCACUGGCGCCACUGUGCACUGUCCGGCCCUGCGCAGACUCUCCAGUAGAGGCGAGUCGUGUGCCGCCCGGAGCCGGUCCCCACAGCCGGACACAGUUCCUGUGCCGUGGGGCUCCUGACUCCCUCGCCCUGCGAGCUCCCCGCCGCCGCAGCUAGUGGUGCCGACUCUGCUCCAGCUACCCUGUUGCUGCGCCCCGCCCGGCUAGGAAAAGUUUCUGGAGUUGUCAAUCGCGGUCACCGGGAAUCGAGGUGCAGAGUCCUGGUAGUUGGGCUCUUACCCCGCGGAGCCUGGGGCAUGCGACGCGGGGGCGCGGCCCGGUGACGCCGCGGGCGGGGACCUUGCGCCCCGGCAGCCGACGCGCUGCUGCGGGCUGUGGGUAGCGCGGGGGCCCGGACGCACGGGGACGCGGUCAUGGAGGAGGACUCGGCAGCUGCUAGCCCGGCACCGGAGCCCGAGCCCGAGCCCGAGCCCAAGGUGGAACCCAUGCAGGAGACUGAGCCGGAGGCCGGCACGUCCGAAGCGUUCUCCCGGCUCUGGACAGACGUAAUGGGCAUCCUGGAUGGUUCCCUGGGAAACAUCGAUGACCUGGCACAGCAGUAUGCAGACUAUUACAAUACCUGCUUCUCCGAUGUUUGUGAGCGGAUGGAGGAGCUCCGCAAGCGGCGGGUUUCCCAGGACCUGGAUUUGGAGAAACCCAACGCCAGCCCCACGUCACUUCAGCUGCGGUCCCAGCUCGAAGAGUCCCUUGGCUUCUGCAGCGCCGUGUCAACACCAGAAGUGGAAAGAAAGUACCCUCUUCAUAAAUCAAACUCGGAAGACGGCUGUGUAGGAAAAGGAGACUGGAAGAAGAAAAACAAGUACUUCUGGCAGAAUUUUCGAAAGAACCAAAAAGGGAUAAUGAGACAGACUUCAAAAGGAGAGGACGUGGGCUACGUGGCAAGUGAGAUAACCAUGAGCGACGAGGAGCGGAUUCAGCUAAUGAUGAUGGUCAAAGAAAAAAUGAUCACCAUUGAAGAAGCGCUCGCUAGGCUGAAGGAAUACGAGGCCCAGCACCGGCAGUCAGCUGCCUUGGACCCUGCGGACUGGCCCGAUGGUUCCUAUCCGACACUGGACGGUUCGUCCACUUGCAAUUCAAGAGAACAAUCGGAUGAUGAGACGGAGGAGUCGGUGAAGUUUAAGAGGUUACACAAGCUGGUAAACUCCACUCGAAGAGUCAGAAAGAAACUAAUUAGGGUGGAAGAAAUGAAAAAGCCCAACACUGAAGGUGGAGAGGAGCAUGUGUUUGAGAAUUCCCCGGUCCUGGAUGAAAGAUCCGCACUCUACUCUGGAGUGCACAAAAAGCCAUUUUUCUAUGAUGGCGCCCCGGAGAAACCUCCUGAAGACGAUUCGGAUUCUCUCACCCCAUCUCCAUCAUCUAGCAGCCUGGAUACUUGGGGAGCUGGCCGGAAGUUGGUCAAAACCUUCAGCAAAGGAGAGAGCCGGGGCCUGAUUAAGCCCCCUAAGAAGAUGGGGACAUUCUUCUCUUAUCCAGAAGAAGAAAAGGCGCAGAAAGUGUCCCGCUCCCUCACGGAGGGGGAAAUGAAGAAAGGCCUUGGGUCCUUGAGUCAUGGGGUAAGUACCGAUGGCGUUUUCUUCUAUGACAACCAUCGGCGUAGGCACCACUUUCUGGUGUCCCUGGAGGAGGUUCAGAGUGUCCGUAAGCAAAUCCGCUUGAAGAAAACGGAUACUAACUACUCGUGUUCCAGAACUUUUCUCUGCCAACGUCCCUCCAGAAAAGGAGUAAAUGGCACCACCUGUGACCUGCUGCCCCGGCAGAAGCCCAAGGGGGGCGGCGGCUGCGGCUUCCCUGGCAGGAGGGGCAGAGGGCGCACCUCGGUCAGCGAGUUCAAUAUCACCUACGUGGUGGAGCGGAGUCUCUACAGCCACCUGAACCUGACCCAGCUCGUGCGUCCUGCCUCAGACAGGACGCUGAGCAAGGCUGAGAAGCAGGACCUGAGGCGGUGCUUGCUGGAGGAGGAUGAGGAGGCAAAGAGGAAGUGGGCUGCCACGGUGGACCGCUGUACAAAAAGGGUUCUCUUGAGAAUCCACCAGAAGUCCAGAACGUGCAGUUUCGGUGGAUUCGACCUGACAAACCGUUCCCUGCAUGUUGGCAGUAAUAGUUCUGACCCCAUGGGUAAAGAGGGAGAUUUUGUGUACAAAGAGGUAAUCAAAUCGCCCACCGCCUCCCGCAUCUCUCUCGGGAAAAAGGUGAAAUCGGUGAAAGAGACAAUGAGGAAGAGGAUGUCUAAAAAGUACAGCAGCCCUGUCACUGAGCAGGACUCGGGGCUUGAUGGAAUGCCCGGCUCCCCUGCCUCAGUAAAGCCUGACUCGGAACAUGUGGACAAGCCCAAGCUCAAAGCUGGGGGCUCUGUCGAAAGCCUGCGGAGUUCUCUGAGUGGCCAGAGCUCAAUGAGUGGUCAGACUGUCAGUACCACCGACUCCUCCACCAGCAACAGGGAAAGCGUCAAGUCAGAAGACGGGGAUGACGAGGAGCCACCCUACCGGGGUCCCUUCUGUGGGCGGGCCCGUGUGCACACUGACUUCACCCCCAGCCCUUAUGACACAGACUCUCUGAAGCUCAAGAAAGGAGAUAUCAUUGAUAUAAUAAGCAAGCCACCCAUGGGUACCUGGAUGGGUUUGUUGAACAACAAAGUCGGCACAUUCAAGUUCAUCUAUGUGGAUGUACUAAACGAGGAAGAGGAGAAGCCCAAGCGUCCUGCCAGAAGGAAGAGGAAGGGAAGGCCACCCCAGCCCAAGUCUGUGGAGGAUCUCCUGGAUCGGAUCAACCUGAAAGAACACAUGCCCACUUUCUUGUUCAAUGGCUACGAAGACCUGGAUACCUUCAAGCUCCUGGAGGAAGAAGACUUGGAUGAAUUAAACAUCAGGGAUCCAGAACACAGAGCAGUUCUCUUGACAGCGGUGGAGCUGUUACAGGAGUAUGACAGUAACAGUGACCAGUCUGGGUCCCAGGAGAAGCUGCUGGUGGACAACCAAGGCCUGAGCGGAUGUUCCCCGCGGGACUCUGGAUGCUAUGAAAGCAGCGAGAACUUGGAAAAUGGCAAAACUCAGAAACCCAGCGUUCUGUCUACCAAGUCAUCCACGGAGUCCAACUUAAAGUCUUUCAGCAGGGGUCAGCCAGGCAAUUACCCAACAUUGCCUUUAACAAAAUCAGUGGAGGUGCGAAAGCAGGCAGAGGAAGGCAGGCUGGGACGGGGUCUGGCCCCGGACACGGCCGAGCGCUGUGAUGUGCCCUGUAUGACUGGUUUGAAGAAAAACCGAAGGAGCCUCCCGGUCUCCAUCUGUCGCAGCUGUGAAACUCUGGAGGGUCCUCAGCCAGUGGAAAGUUGGCCCCGGUCCCAUUCACUGGAUGACCUUCAGGGAGAGGCAGAUGCUGGAAAGGAUGUGCCUACCGAGGUGCAGGAAGCCUGUCCUCAGAAUGUACCAGAAGUGCCACAGAAGACGGCUGCCUGCACCUCCGAGGCUCUGCCCCGAGGCCGAGAUCCUACUGCGGAAGACAUGAUGCUUCUGACCCAAAGCAAGAGGUUUUCCGACCCCCCGAAAAUGAUGGCUAAGAAACUGGAUGGCUCUGCAGUGGCCUCUAACCUUGACCUAUCUCCUCCUCCUCAGUGUGUACCCAGAAAUUUCGAGGCUCAGCCUCCAGUUAAACCCGGCUUAACAAGGACGUCUCUUGAGGGUCACAGAAAAGGGCAUGACCACCCCCCCCUGGGCACCAAAGAAGGGGUAGAUGUGGAGCAGAUCGCCCCAGAGACCAGGACGCAGCCUAGACAUCCGUCGCAGCCCCCUCCUGUACCUGCCAAGAAGAGUCGAGAGCGCCUGGCCAAUGGCCUGCACCUGGUGUCCAGCCUGGAGGCGCCCACCCUGCCGCUGAAGAAGGCCAGUCCUGCCAGCCCUGCCAGCCCCUGUGACUGUCCCUCUCCCAGGGAGCCCAGGCCUCCCUCGGGGACUGAACCAGGCAGCCCAGCCUGUGCGAGACCUCCCCCCUGGCUGGCGGAGCUGCCCGAGAGUACCAGCCUGCAGGAACACGGUGUGAAGCUGGGCCCAGUGCUGAGCAGGAAGGUUUCCUGCGUCCGGGGCGUGGACCUGGAGAUGCUCACCGAGAACAAGCUGCAGGCCGAGGGCAUUGACCUCACUGAGGAGCCCUACUCUGAUAAGCAUGGCCGUUGUGGGAUCCCUGAAGCUCUAGUGCAGAGAUACGCCGAGGACUUAGAUCAGCCCGAGAGGGAUGUUGCCACCAAUAUGGACCAGAUCCGGGUGAAGCUGCUUCGGAAGCAGCAUCGGAUGGCGAUCCCAAGUGGUGGGCUCACGGAAAUCUGCAGAAAGCCCCUCUCUCCUGGAUGUGUUGCAUCCAUGUCGGAUUGGCUCAUUUCCAUUGGCCUGCCCAUGUACACCAGCACCCUUUCUGACGCAGGGUUCAGCAUGCUGAGCCAAGUGCCUUCCCUGUCCCACACCUGCCUUCAGGAGGCCGGCAUCACAGAGGAGCGACACAUAAGGAAGCUCAUAUCCGCAGCCAGACUUUUCAAACUGCCACCAAGCCCCGAGGCCAUGUAGCCAGACCUGCCGUGGCCUUCCCCGGACAAGGGCCAGCCUUCCACUGUGCUUACGAAGCUGAUACAAUCCCUCCAUAUCUGCUGGGGUUGACCUGAUCCAGAAGGAAAGCCCCCACCUCGGGGCUCACAAAUGGCAGGAUUAGGACUCGAACCGAGGAAAAAAUACCCCCUACCCCAAGGAAAUCGGCGUGGUUCUCUUUGAUCCCCAAAGGCAAGACAAGCACUUAGUUUUGUUUUCAGACACAGAAGAGCCAAGAUGCCAACUUAAUGAAGAACACUGUGCAUCCAGUCUGUCUUUGUGCUGGCAGAGGGCUAGAAGGAGAGGCCAAGGCAGCCCGCUCGUGUCUGAUCGUGCCCUUGCCCAUCUGUUGGUCACCCCGCUGGAUGCCGGAGCCCCACGGGCUGAGCUAGGCCAAAGCAACAGACUCUGGAGUUACUGUACACUAUUGACCAUACUCAUUUGUUCAGAAGUGAGAACACCAAGAACAGAACAGUCCUACUCUCCUGUAGAUACACAAGAGACAUUUUAAUUGCUUCCUAGCAAUUAGCUUUUAUUUGCCUUAAUAUAAACUUUUAAUCAGUUAUCUAUCUAGUGUCCGCAACCCAUAACCCUAGUUCCAAGUCUUCAGCUUAAACUGCCAUCUAACGUAUUUGGGAGUAUUUCCAGCGAAAAUAGCCUCUUCUUAAAGUCUCAUUCUAACAUGGUUUAUUUUGUAGGGGUGAUUACCAGGCACACAUUUCAUGUUGACUUUUAGCUUUGAAACUAACCAUAAUUUCAGUACAAGUCGACCUGCACCCGCGGAGGGGCACCUGUGUUCACGUGAGCAGGUAUAGGGACCGCCCUCCGUUGUGCUCACUUUAGAGUGGCCUUCGGGGUGGCCAUGACACUGCAGCAUUUAUGUCUAAUCCUGAUCACACAUCCAUUCCAAAAUCCGGUCAUCAGCUAAUGGGUCACCUUUGCAGAGAGACAUUGUAAGGUUGCAAAUUUCAGAAAGAUUCUUUUUUUUUCUAAAAAGGGAAGUAGUUUACAUGCAGUUUGUUUGUUUAACUUUUUUUUUCCUUUUUGGCCAGUUCUAUAAUUGUUUUUUGUCUUUCAUUUGUUACUUAGAUACUUAUUUUAAUUCAAACAAAGUUCAUUACGGAGCCAGACAAGCCACAUUAGCUGUGUGUUAAAUAUUGCAUAUUUUCGAUUGUUUUUUUUCCAGCUGUGAUUUCAGCAUACCCUGUCCUCUCCUUGUCUAGUGUCUGAUUUUUCUAGCAAUUGGCAAUUUAGACAGGUACACAGGCUCCAUUGCUUACCAAGUGUUUUUUUCUUCACGUUCUCACAAGCACUGUGUGAAGUCUCAAGUUAUCAUAGAAGCGCUUUGAACACAGGGCCUGGAUCAAAAGUCCUCUGAAAUUUCAUUGGGUUAUUAAAACACGACUUCCUUCAGAGGAGAAAGGCAAGUGAUUUUACUAAUAACGAAGCUGUCCUGACUGUAUGCUUUAUACGGCUGAAUCCUUGCCUCUGAGGAAAAGAACAUUCUCAGGUGUUGUCUUUUUUAUUAUCUCACAUUUUGGUAUGCAUUUAAAAUAACAAUGUAUGUUUCUUCAUUUCCACCUUCUAUAAGAUGCCGUGUGAAGAAGAUGAGGCAAUUUAGAGUAUAAAGGUAGAGCCCCCAGAUUCCUUUUGGACUCUUGAAAACGAGCUCAUGGUUGGCCCCCUGGGUUAUGGCAUAGCCCACCUCGUGGUUGGGGAUGCAGGGUUCUCAGCCAGCUACGGCAUCCUGACAGUUUCACAUGCUGUUGUGGGGCUGGUAUUCGAAACUAGGCUUCUCCCCUUGCUUUUGAAGUAACCCCAGCCUGACAUUGGAAACGAUUCUGCUCAGGAUUUUAGGUGAGCAAAGACUACAAAAAGUCACCUUAGAGAUACCAAGGGAGGAGGAGAAAUCUCGUGUGAAUUUCCAAGUUUUAGUUCAUUCUCAGUGUAGGGUUUUCUUUUAUGUCAAACUAGCACCAGAGGUCUUGAGAAUGCCAAACAAUGUUUUUUAUCACUCUGGAAAUCAUUGCCUUUGCAUGGAAAAUUAAAUUCAGGGACCAUGAAUUUAGUGUGAAUGUCUGAAGGGGCUGAGGUGGUUUUCUUUCUUUUUCUCCCUUCCUUCCUUCCUUCCUUCCUUCCUUCCUUCCUUCCUUCCUUCCUUCCUUCCUAUAGCUUUAGUGUUUGUUUUAUUUUGCUUUUAACAAUUCAUUUGGUCUGAAUAAAGCCUGAAUGUUGGUGUGUGACACGGAGGUGGCUUGGGGCUGCCUGUGGCUGUUAGCGGACAGGUGGCAGGCUUUAGCAAUAUCCAGUUUUGAUCAGUUGCAUUAGGUACAGAAUUUUGAGUGACGGUGAAAACUGUGGUCUUUGGAAAGCACAAAAGAACCUGGAAAGGCGUUUCGGCUCAGGUAGCUACCCAGAGUGUGUGUGAUUUGUACGUCACAGCUGUCUGCAGAGAAAGCAGCUGCCCAAACUACUAUUUACAUUCCCAGAUGACGAGAGCAAAUAGCUUUUCAUGGCCUUGAAUAUUUGGGGGCCCUUUUCUCUGUGCUGACCCCAGGUGUGGAUGAAAUUGGAAAUGAUUCCUCUGUGAGAAGUGUAUCCCCGGCGCAGCAUAGUGUGUUUCACAAAUGCAGUGGAACCGAAGUAGAUUCCCAAGUCACUUGCUGUGUGUGGAUUGAGUGAGGUUCCAGAAAAAUCUAACUGUCUUGUGUCCAAGUUAUCUUGAUUUUUAAAUUGAUAGAAAAGAAAGACAAACUGUCAAGCAAGUUAUAUGACAACUAACAACAUUGCACUUUCUGUAUAUGAAAUCAAUAUUUAAAUAACUUAUUUUUCUCCAUUGCUGUUCUUAAACAUUGUAAGUAGCUGUAAUAUACCAAUACCAAUACGUUCUUGCAAUUGCUUCAGCCCAAGAAAGCUGUGUAUUGUUUUAAAAAUUGUAAAAAAAAUUAUUGUGAUGAUUCAUUUAGAAAAAGGUGGACAGGAGAGUUUUCCUGUGUAUCAAAACUUGUCUGUAAUUAUGUCAUCUAUGUACCUAGGGGAAAAAGUAAAUAAAUUUCUUCAGUCGA